UAACUAAUACCCCUGAAAGUCCAUAUUUGAAAACUUUCAUUUUAUUUGCAUUUCAAUUUUGAAACAGAUAUUAUUAUUUCAUUGAUAAAUAAAUGAUAAAUAAACAUUCUAGAUUUUCAAUAAAUGUCACUUCAACCUGACUUUUCUGUAAUUUUGUUCGAGGAAUAAAAAUCGUAUCAUGUUGACAAAGUUAGCAGUUAAAAGAACACCCACAAGAACAAAAAAAAUAAAUUUAUCAUCGUCACCCUCUUGUGAACUCAGUUCAUUAAGUCCUACCUGGAGUGAAAAAUGGACUCGUCCCAUCUCGUUGCUAAGCGACGGUAGCUGCCAUUUCCCCGGUUCUGCUCCAAACCUACGCUUUCUGCAGGGAUACAAAUCCUAACAGUCUAAGCUUGUAUGCAAUUUGACGCUAAUGCUUACGUAAUGUAAUAAGCUAUAUUAGUUAUAGUUUAGUUAUUUUGAUCAAAUAUCAACGAUUCUUAAUAUAUCUUUCGCUGUUUUCUUUGAUCAAAUAUCAUCUAUUUUUAAUAUAUGUUUCUAUCUUUAACUUCAUAGGACUUUUUUUAUCCCAAAUUUUUUUUUUAAAGAAAAGAUUCUUUUAAAGUAAAGUUUCAAUUUUUUAAAACGAUAAUUGUUUUAUUUGUGUAAUUUUUAAAUCUAUAUGGCCAAAAAACGAAAACGGAAUUCGUUUUUUAAUUCUACAAUAUUUACCAUGCCGUGAAAGUUUUUGUUAAUUAAAAUUGAGAUAAAAAUUAUAAAAUUAGUUGUUAAAGUAUUGUUAGAAGAAUUUUUUGUUUCACAAUUUUGAAACAAUAUCAGCCAUCGCAUGCUUGAACCCUUGUGUUAUGAACCAGUGUGCUGUUGGACAAAUUCAUAUACUUCAUAUGAAUUUGCUGGAGAUCAGGAAUAUUUUAAUUAUCUAUUCCCAUGUCCUUAUACAUCUUCUCUACAAGAUGACUUGGAGAUGAGUGAAAGUGAUGAAGAAGCGGUGCCAGACAAAAAAGAAGAUACUUCAGAAUACCUAGCUGCUCCAAGCAAUCCAGUAACAGUAAACAGUACUUCUCCAUCUGCCCCAGUAAGCAGCACAAAUAUGGAAACAAAUUCCGCUUCAUCAUCUAGCUCAGAGAGCGGAGACAGUGAUUCAGAUGAUGAUAGCUCAGAAUCAAAUAAUUCAGAUUCUUCUAGUGAGUCCUCUGAUGAAGAUACGUCGUCCAUGAAAUGGGGCUUGUCCAAUUUUGUUGAUGAAUCUAGAAGAAAUCAUUCUCCGGCAUUCCGAAGUCUUGAAAUGCAAAAACAACUGAAUAGUGCAAAACCUGUUAGUAAUGUUUGUGCUCUAACUGCUAAAGACAACUUCAGUCCUCCUGUUUCACAACCUCUGAGUGGUUUUAUUGUUGCUGAUACACCUGUAACUGCCAAAAGUGAGAUUUUAAGUCCCAUACGUUCCCCAGCUCAUCCUGUUGUUGGUCCUCGAACGCCACCUUCUCCUACCAGCCCAUUGAAGGAUUUAUCUGAAGGAGGCAAGAAUAGUUCUAGUUUAAAUGAUUCGAAGUCAGAGCCCUCCGUUGAACCAAAAUCAUCGGAUUCUGUUCUCGAUACAUCAAAUGAAAAUAAAACUCUAUUAUCAAGCACACCUAUUUCCUGUGAUGAAAAUAAAGAAAAUGCUGCUGUAGACACAUCUUCUGAUAUCUUGAGUUCAGAAGUAGGUUCAUCUCCAUUAAAUCAUUCAUCCACAGAUGAUAAAGUGGAGUCAAAAGAUACUAGUAAGUCUAGUUCUGAGAAAGAUACUUCUUAUUCAGAAGCUAAAUCAUCUACUCCUACAUCUGAUGCUCCUGAAUCCUCAAGUGAAAAUUACUCAAUUAAAACUCGUCAAAAAGGUGUGACUUCUACGAAGAAAAAUAAACCUGCUAAUCUAAAAAAGGCCACUAACAAUAACCAAAAUGAUGAAGCGAAUUCACCUCCAAUUGCCAAGUUUAAACAUCCGAGAGCUUGUAGAAAAUCAACUGAAAAAAUAUCAGCUUCUCCAUCUCCUGCAAAAACUGAACCAAUUAAGGAGCCACCUAAAAAACGCUCAAAACCAGCAAUAAAGCAGAAAGAGGUUCCUAGUCCUGAAAAGAACAAAACUGUGCAAAAGCCUUCAAGCAGCCCUAAGAAACCAACAAAAGCCAGUUUGAAACAAAAGGUUAAAGCCACUAAAGCAACAUCUAAGACAAAUACUGAUGCGAAAAAGGCAGAUCUGAAAAAUAAGAAGAAAAAAUUUGUUGUUGAAAAUUUCCUUCAGAGUCCUACAUCUAUUAAUGAUACUAAUUUAUCUAGUUUACGUUCUCCUUCUCCUAGUCCAGACGAUCUGCAAGCUUCAGAAAUCAAAAAGCAUUCUGACACAGUUGAUAAACUAACGAAUUCAAAUCUCCCCACUGCUAAGAAUGCUGUAAAGAGCAAUUCUAAAGCAACAAAUAAAGCAAAAGCUGGUGAAAAAUUAAGAAGAUCUGCUCGUUGUAGUGAGCGGGCUUCAAGUCUCAGUCAAAGUGAACCUCCAACUACCCCUAAACAAGGUGCUGAACACUCUUCCUCUUCAAGUGUAUCUCAAGUGGAAACAUCUACCCCUAAAUCAAGUAGUGCCACGAACAAAAAGCCCCAGAAAAAGUUAGUCAAAUCAAAAUCUCAUGUUGAGAAUCUUCCAAUUUCUAUUGAUCCUCCUUUGCAAAUACUCUCUCCCAUUCCUCAUGAAUCACCUCCAAUUGCAUCAACAUCUGAAUUAGGCAACCAGAAAAAAAUCAUGGUGUGCAUUCCUUUGAGUAAAUUGCUACGAAUUCCUAGCGUUUUACAUCUAAUUCAAGAGCCUGAUACUAGAUUAACUUCUAAAAAUCACUCUGUGAGUUCAGUGGAAGAUGUUAAACAAAAGAAGGAUCUGCCUUCAGAAAAAUCUUCAAAAAAUAUUUCGAGCAAAUGUUCGCAAUCUAAAGACUUUAAAGAUAAGCCUCGGACAGUUCAGGCUUCUAAGAAUUGUAAAAAGAAAUUAUCUAACACUAAAAAAGAUAAUACUUCUAAACCAGUGUCUGAGAGUGCAUCAAAAAAUGCUUCCAGUGUAAAUAAAAGUAGUGCUAAAGUUUCUGACAAAGUAAUCUGUGAUGUUGAAAAUAAGCUUCCUAAAAAGAGAAAGUCUGAAGAGGAUAGUAAACAGUUGUUGAAAAAGAAACCCAAGCUAACUUCUCGAUCAACAGAAGAGAGAAAAUCAAAAGAGCAAAUCAGUGGGAUUAAAGUUGAAUCAGCUGCUACUCAAAAUGAUGGUGGAGGAAAACCAAGGCCAUUAGAACGAUGUGAUAGUGCAAGCAGCUUAAAUUCAUUGUGUAGCCAGAGAAGCUCAAAAUCCUCAAAAGAAAAGAAAGAUUCUGUGAUGCAUGACUCAAAAAGACUUAAAACGUCUGUAUCAUCUGCAGUCCCUGUUAAACAAGAAAUCAAGCAAGAAAAAGAGGAUCGAUCAAAAUUGCACAUAAAAAAGGAACCAAUUUUACCUCUUGAUAAAUGUAUGAAAUCCAGGGAUAAAUCUUCUAUUGCUGACAUUGAUUGUAAGGAAAAGGGAGAUUCUUGGAGUGAUAACCUUAACUCAUCUAGUCAGUAUUGUCAUUGGGAUGAUAUUUGCAAAGAGGAUUCUAAAGGACCUUUAGAAAGUAUCUUAGAUUCCUCAAUGAAUUGGGAUCACUUGUCUUUCGAUAUGCAUAAAGAAUUAAAAGAAUCUUCUGGUCUUAAAAUGCUAACUGAUCAAGGUCCCAUUAUGCCAAUGGAUUACUACUGGACAGAAGGAAGGAAAAUGAAGAAAAUGGCUGAACUGGAGAAAGAUCCAUUUCAACAAGCUGUUAAAUUUUUUGAAGCUGCUGUUUUGUAUGUUUUAACUAGUCAACAAAAGGAAGAAAACAGCAAAAAUCCUGAUUCUGUUUACCAGUUUUAUUAUGAAACCUUGCAAUUCACUUCAAUGAUGUUAGCUAAAAUUAAGAAGCUACAGUCUUGUCCUGGUAGUACUGAGUUUAAACUUUUAAUAUUGUGCUUGAAGUGCCAGUCUUUAUUGAAUGUGAAACUUUACAGCUUAAAAAUAAAAGAAAUCAAAGAGCAGCUGGAGUGUGUUUCAGAUUUUUUCAGAGCACAUUGUUCUUCUUCCAUUGAUGCCCCAAAUCCAAAUCUGCCCUCUCUUCACCUAUCAAGAAUAUCAAGUCUUUCAACAGUUUCUUCUCCGCAUUCUGUCAUCCCACCUUCUCCUAACAGUGUUAGUUCUCAAACUAGUGGCUAUGUAAGUGGAGAUGUUGGCAGCAAUAUUAUAAAAAAUACAGUUUGUGUUCCUCAGUAUAUGCUGGAUACUAUACAUCGACAACAUAGUCAUUUGAAAAAUCUUCACAUGGGACAUGAUCUAUGGGAACAAGCAGAUAUGUAUAUGACGCGAAGUAAUCUGAAAGAAUUUUUUAAAGAAGUGGCUGACCAAUCUGAGCCUUUAACACUUCAUAGCACUAUAAAAGAGCUGGUGAGUUACAUGCAGAAAGGUAUUGGCCUUGUCAAAAAUUACUUACGCUAGCAUUCCGAGGAUGAUUGAAAUUCUUUUAACAACCAGGUGUUUAGAGACUGAUACUGAAAUAUGUUGCAAUAUUAAUUUAGGAUGGCUGCAAUAUUGUUGAAUGUAUAAGCUUAUUUAAAGUUUAUUUAAUUCACUUACCAUUUAAAAAUAAGUAUAAAUCUAUUGUGAAAAUUGAAAAUAUUGUUAUUGUAAAACUUCUGUUAAAACUGCCUGGUUGCACUGAAUUUGAAGAUUAUAUUUACCUACAUAAAUGCAUUAGUGUAUGCAUGUAGGUAUUUCAAAUUUAUAUCAUGUAUAUAUUUUUGUAUAUAGAUUUCAGAUACUUAUUGAGUACUUUGUGAUCACAUUGUUUCCAUGUAUAUGUGUGAAAAUGCCAAUUCUUUUUUUUUCAAAUUAUUUGCCCCAAGUGAUGGUGUGUAAAGUGCAUUAUUGUAUUUUUUUUUGUUUUUAUGCUUAGGGCAAAAAUUUUGUCUUCAUGUGAUCAUAUGUAUUAAAUUCGUGAAAUGUACUUGCAUUCAAAAUUUAUUUAAUGUUACUAGAAUAUAGUUAAACUCUUCAUAGUUGUAUUUGCCAUGCAGUGUUGUAGCAAAAUUUGUUAAUCUGUGCUUGUUUUAUGUCAAAUUACCAAACUGUGUAAUAUUUUGGCAUGGUUGAAGAAAUGAACUUUUCUGUUAUACACUCUGUUAAUUUUGAGACAUUGUUAUAAUAAAAUCAAAGCUUUUAGCUAUCUCCAUUGCAUCUUAAAAUCAUUAUUGUCAAUGUUUGAUAAACUGUAUUGAAAGUUUUCUAAAGCUUUCAAAUGCUGUUUCAGCGUUUGGAAUAAUUAUAUAAGCUUAAUUUAUUUUUUACACUUUUUAAAUAUUGCAUGUUUUCUUCUAAAAAAAUAAAUAUUGGAGUUUGUUGUAUGCAUUU